AUGACAGCAGAUGGCGCCAAAUACCCAAGCACCUUGAGCAUUUCUGAGUCAUAUCGAUGCAUCAACCACCUCAUGGCAGCUUUCAACCUCACCCCCUCUGACCCUUCAACAUUCAUCCUAAUGGGCAUCCCCGGCCUGGAGUCUGCCCACAUCUGGAUUUCCAUCCCUUUCUCUACGUUCUACAUUAUCAGCCUGUUGGGAAAUUUCAUGCUUCUGUCUGUUGUACGUAAGGAGCAGACCCUGCACAAGCCGAUGUACCUGCUGCUCUGCAUGCUGGCGCUCACAGACAUCGCCACGCCUACCUUCGUUGUGCCAAAGGCACUGGGCAUAUUUUGGUUCGAUUUGAAAGGCAUUACUCUGGCUGGCUGCCUCACCCAGAUGUUCUUCCUUCACAUGGUUUCUGUUAUGCACUCAGCCACCCUCGUGACAAUGGCCUUCGAUCGCUACGUUGCCAUAUGUAACCCUCUAAGAUAUGCCACUAUCCUCAGCAAUGCACAAAUAGCUAAGCUCGGGCUUGUAUGUUUGAUAAGAGCUGUUCUCUUCAUUCUGCCUCUUCCCCUGCUCAUGAGUCAGCAGUCAUUCUGUGCCAACCACAUUAUCCCCCAUACGCAAUGCGAGUACAUAGCGGUGGUCAAGAUGGCAUGUGGGGACAUGACAAUUACCAGAAUAUAUAGUUUGAUGCUAAUGUUUGUAGUUAUGGGGUUUGACCUGACGCUCAUUGCCCUGUCCUACGGUCUGAUCAUCAGGGCCGUUCUCAGAAUCUCCUCUAAGAAAGCCCACCAGAAAGCCCUCAACACCUGCACAGCCCAUAUCUGUGUGAUGCUGACAUAUUAUACCCCCAGCAUCUUCUCCAAUCUCACAUACCGGUUUGGUCAAGGCAUUGCUCCCCAUGUUCACAUCAUCUUGGCCGACCUCUAUCUCCUCAUCCCUCCCAUGCUCAACCCGAUCAUUUAUGGGGUCAGAACCAAAGAGCUUCGUGACAAAGUAGGCAAAUACACCUGCUGCAGAAGGUGA